AUGGAUUGGAAGACGGUGCUCUGCACUUUUGCAUUAGUUUACUAUGCUGAUGGGUUCUCAAAAUAUGGACGAACCUGCAAGGACAUCGGAUGCCUCAACAGUGAGGUGUGCGUGCUUGCCGAGGACCCGUGUACCUUCGGUCACUCCACCAACUGUGGCACAUACCCCACCUGCAAGAAGAAGUCUCAAGUAGAAGGAUCGCACGUGGAACCAGCUAAGCCACCUGCACCUAAGCCACCUACAAGAGACUUCGACAAUCCUCCAAACUACAACCCACCUGCCCCUCCUUCUAGUGAUACGUCCAGCGGUGGCCAUUCACCUUACGGAGGCAGUUCCCCCUAUGGAGGAAACUCACAUAGCGGUGGUAACUCACCCUACGGUGGCAACUCACCCUACGGUGGAAACUCGCCUUACGGAGGAAGCUCUUCUAAUGGCGGGAACUCCCCUUACGGCGGAAGCUCACCCUACGGCGGGAACUCACCUUAUGGUGGCAAUUCACCAUACGGAGGCAGUUCUUCCUACGGCGGAGGAACCAAUACUCGCGGAGGAUCACCUUAUGGCGGCAGUUCGCCUUAUGGAGGAAGCUCGCCUUACGGUGGCUCUUCUAGCGGUGGCAGCAACCCAUAUGGGGGUAACUCUCCCUAUGGGGGCUCGCACUCUAGCUCUGGCGGCUUCGGCAGCUUCGGCACUGGUGGUAGCGGCAGCCCCAUCGACAGUAUUUUGAACACUUUGAACAAAUAUGCAAACGGCGGAGGCGGCAGCGCAGGAGGCAGUACCGGCGGCGGUCUGUCCAAUGUCUUUGGAAACCUUCUCGGUAAUUUAUCAAAGAACGGAGGCUUAAGCAACUUUUUCAACACUAGACCGAUCAUGGAAAAUCCAAAUUACUCCUCAUACAGUUCGAAUUCGAGGAGUUCUAACCCCCAAUCUUACCCAUCAGGAUCUCAGCCCGCGUAUCAGCCACCAACUCAGAACAAGAAUUACGGACAAAGUUAUGCGCACCAUAACGCAGCGACCACGCGCAAGCCCGUCCACUAUGGAUGGAACGUUAGUGUGACAGUGGUCUUGACGUACCUGAUACAGCAAUAUAUCCAGAGUAUGAUUCGUAAUUAA